AUGUCGUUUAGUGGGACAACUGAAUUCCAGUCUCCACUGUUUACAGGGAAGCAUGAGAAAGAAGAGAAGCGCGAGGGAGAAGAUCAUAAGGAGGAAAAGGGAGAGAAAAAGGAGAAGAAGAAGAAGAAGAAAGACAAGGAAUGUAAAGAUAAGGAGGAUAAAGAAGAUGGUGGAAAGGAGAAGAAGAAAAAGAACCCUGAAUAUAAGAAGAACCCUGAGAAACUAAGAGCUAAGCUUCAAAAGAUAGAAUCCAAGAUACAGGCAUUAAUCCAAAAGAAACAAGAAGUUUUAAAACUACUCGAAGAAGUCGAUAAAGUUGCUGCUGACAACUAGGUGUUUGAGCCUGGCAAAACUCCAUAAUUCUCUUCAGGUGGCACUUGCUGCAUUAAGUCCAAGGGCCUCAAAUUUAGUGACUAGAUGCAUAUGAUAAAU